GUCUGGAUCGAUUACUCGUUCCCAGGAAUGAAGGGCACCGAUGAUGCGAUGACGCUGCUGGCGGUCUGCCUGGACUUCGAGCCGUCGGCUAUCGAGAAUGCGAACUUCAUGGGGAAGGGCGCGGCGGAUUGCGGCAUCAAGGUCCUGGCGCAGGCGUUGCAGUACUGGGGCCGCAAGCGCGCGGUGGUGUCGCGUGACCAGGAGAACGCGAUCACGCCGCACGAGACGAGGGCGGUGUUGCAGGUCGGCCCAAGGCUCGAUUCCAAGUCCAAGGGUCCGAUCGGGGCGGCUGGAGGCAGAGUCCAGCAGCUCAUUCGCACACUCGUGUACACCGCCAACGCACACGACAAAGUGGAGCGGAAGCCAAGCGAGCCGAGCAGCAGUUGGUUGGCGAGGCACGUAGGCUGGAUCCUCACGAGGUUUACCGUGAGAGAAGAUGGGCUGACACUAUAUCGUCGGCUCAAAGGACGAGAUUACCACGGUCAGAUCGCAGAGUUCGCGGAGACCGUGAUGCACAAGUUACCCCCAGAAACCGCUGGGAAGAUGGAAGCCAGAUGGGACAAGGGCAUCUGGCUCGGCAAGGCGAACGUCAGCGAUGAGCACAUGAUCGGCACACCACGGGGUCGGGUCUUUGCGAUAUCGAUCGCCAGGGGGCCCGACGAGAAGCGGUGGAACCAUAAUCUCUUCAGCCAGAUCAUCUGCGCACAUUUCGAGCCGAAGGCAACGCUGCUGGCGCAGGAGGCCGUGAGCAGGCCGAGGUACCUGACCAAGGGGAUUCUCAACCGGUUGGGUCGGACACCUGGCUGCCCGGCUUGCGACGAGACGGGCCAGUGCCACACUGCGGAGUGCAGGGCCAGACUGGAGGCUUUGCUGGACGCUGAGGACAUUGCGAAUGGCCUGGCAGCACAGGCAGUAGACGUGGGGAUGGAUCAUGAGGAGGCAAGCGUUGAGAUGAUGGUGCAGGAUCCCGUGGAGAUUACCGAAGGAGUGAAGCGACAGGUCUCAGAGAUGGAGGAGAAGCCCGAGAGCAAGAAGGCGCGCGUAGUCGACGGGCUGGCCGUCAACGUCAUGCCAAUAGAACUGCGCGCGGUGGACCUUGGCGAGUACGCCGCGGAACCGUGCGAGGAGAAGGAUCUUUCCAACGUCAAGGGGACGCUCUCUGGACAGCUGGCUCCCGCAGAGAAGGUUCGAGAAGGAAGAGCUCAAGAGCGUGCCGAGAUGAAAGGGCAUGGAGUGUUCAAGCGGGUUCACGCCACGGAGGCGAAAGGCGAGCGCGCGAGGGGCAACUGGUUGCAGGACUGGAAGGUGGGCACUGACACGGCGCGGUGCAGGUUCGUGGCCAUGCAGGUUGCCUACCAGGCGUGCGACGACACAUUCGCUGGGGCGCCCCCGCUGAAGUUCGCCAGGCUGGCACUGGUGCUGGCAGCGACGCUCAGGAACCACAUGAACGUCUACCUGCUAGGGCUCUGGGACAUCAGCGGCGCGUUCUUCCACGCUGAGAUGGAUGAGGACGUGUGCGUGGCGCCGCCCUCAGGUGAGGAGGGACCGAAUGUCGUUUGGCAGUUGCGGAAGGCGCUGUGUGGGACCAGGAGAGCGAACAAGCUGUUCCAGCACAAGGCCGUGGGGGCGCAUGAGGACCUGAGGUGGCUCGACGAGGUCCUGGAGGCGAAGUUCGAGAGCGACGCGAAGCACGCGAGGACAGUGGUCGAGGUCUACGGGAAGCUACCGGCGGCGAGGGAGAUCCCGCCGGCUUCCAAGAGCAUCAGGAAGGAGGUGCCAACGGCGUUGGACAAGCUGGGCUACGCGGAGAAGAAGCUGUUUCAGUCGGCGGCGCCGACGGCGCUGUACUUGGCAGCAGACAGACCUGACAUCCAGUUCGCGACGAGCUGGAUCAUGCGCGGGAUGCAGGAGCCAUUGGUGCUCCACGAGCUGGAACUGAAGCGGGCGGCUGCCUACUUAGCGACGCACCCGCAGAUGAUGUGGUAUUGUGAGUAUCAGGAGUUACCGAGCGAGGUGACCAUCGUGACGGACUCGGACUGGGCUGGAGAUGAAGCGACGCGCAGGGGCCGUGGAGGAGGUUUCGAGUACGCCGGCAAGGAGAUGGACAUCAAGAUGGCGGUGGCGGUGUGUGGCGACAGCACCUCCGCCAUCGGGAUAUGCUCGAGGCGUGGUGUCGGACGAAUCAGACACCUGGACGUGAAGUACCGGUGGUUGCAGGAGAAAGUGGCCGAGAAAGAAGUGCGCACCGCGAAGGGCUCGGCCUCGCUCGAGCCGCGCUUCCCGUGGCUAGCAGGGGCCGCGGACCGGAAGGCGGAGUGCGACGUGGCCGACGAGUUCUCCUCCGCCCGCGAGCGCCGCACGGCAGCCCCCAGCUGCGCAGACUAUCGCGUGGAGCCCCGCGGCAGCCUGACGCCGCGCAAGUCGACGGAUAGGGUGGAGUACGAUCCUUGCAAUCCCAUCUUCGUGAGACCGGCGACCGAGCUGGAGAAGGUCGACGCCGACCUCGCCUUGCUGAGGCACCAGCUGGCCCGGCUGAGGCCCAUGGUGGCGAGGAGAUGCACCGCGGAGCCUUGCUGCCCAAUAGUGCAGGAUUACCAGCACAAGGUGAGGGAGAUGGAGUUUGCGCUGCAGAGGGCGGAGGGAGUGCGAGCGUGCCUCGUUGCCCUCGCCUCCGACUCGGACCACCCGUGCGGCGAGAGCAGCAGCCCCACCGCCUCGGACCUGGGGCGCGGCGAGGGCAGCCGCUCCACGAGCGAGGCGUCGUCGUGGUCGGACCUCGGCGCCGCGGAGGCCUCGGGGGAUCCCAUCCCGGCCCGCAUGCGAGGAGCAGCAAGCGGCGUGGGCAUGCUCGGGGCCUCCAAUCUCAGCAUCAUCUG